AUGGCAGAGUAUCAAGAAAAUACGGGUCAAUUGAUCAGUGCGGACGAGAUUGCCCUAUACGAUCGUCAAAUUCGUCUUUGGGGUGUUAAGGCCCAGGAAAAGAUCCGAUCCGCGAACAUACUUCUGAUCACCUUCAAAGCGUUGGCGAAUGAGAUUGCAAAGAAUCUUGUCCUAGCAGGCAUUGGUACUUUGACAAUUGUUGAUCAUGAAAAUGUCAAAGAAGAAGAUCUCGGGGCGCAGUUCUUCAUAUCUGAAGAGCAUGUGGGCCAAAAUCUUCAGCGCGCUCAAGCUGCAGCGCCUGCAAUCCAUGCCAUGAAUCCCAGGGUGCAACUGCGGGUUGAUACGGAGGAUAUUCACUCCAAGCAACCGGACUUCUUCGCACAGUUCGAUAUUACUAUUGCAACCGAGCUUGACUUUGCUACAUAUUCAACAAUCAAUGCAGCAUGCCGUAUUGCCAAUCGCCCUUUCUACGCUGCCGGAUUGCACGGAUUCUAUGGGUACGCAUUCGCCGAUUUGAUUUCCCAUGAUUUCGUCAUCGAACGGUCCAGAUCGAAUGUUUCGCCAGCCAUGCAGGAAACCCCUACUAGGAGCAUCGUCAACAUAACUACAAAGAAGGAAAACGACAAAGUUAUUGAGAUGGUAACAAAGCGAGAGAUAUACUCUCCUCUGAUCUUAGCAAACACGUCACCUCUCCCUGAAGAUCUAACUCGUCUGCCACGGAGACGACGACAGGUGACACCCCUGCUGACCUGCCUGCGCGCAUUGUGGGAGUUCCAGAAGCUCUCUGGUGGCAGGCUACCGUCCUUCUCUCGGGAGGACCUGGAGCUCUUUACCAAGCUCGCUCGCGAUCGGCACCAGGAAUUGAAGCUCGACAUCAGCACACUCGACUCGGAGUUCCUGCGCACCUUCCUCCAGAAUCUGGGCAGCGAGCUGAGUCCCGUCGCAGCGUUCGUCGGCGGCAGCCUGGCACAAGACGUGAUCAAUGUCCUGAGCGCUCGGGAGCAACCGCUGCAGAAUCUCCUACUCUUCGACGGUGAGAAAUCCGUCGCGCCUAUCUACCCCCUGCACCCUUUCUUUCCCCGGAUGUGGAAAAUGCGCUUCCUGCCAUCCCUCCCGUAG